AGUCCACAAUUAAAAUGGCGGCAAAUGAUUCUAGUUCGUGACAAUUGCACAGUUCGGUCAAGGAAAACUCUGCAAAGCAGGCUUCAAAAUGACUCACAGGGGAAACUCAGGUCUCUUGGAAGCCCUUGACACAAGUGCAGAGAAAGACGACCAGGGCUAUAGAACACUUUUUGGCUUUGGAAACAUCAUGGAUUCGGAUGAUUCUGCCUCUCCUGGACACCAAACUGAAGAUGCAGAGGAAGAUGAUGUUGUUUUAGUUGAAGACACACCAACUGAUUCUGACUCGGAGGCCUUAGGGUCACCAAACAAAGUCACCAAACGUGCACUGGACUUCAAAGGAAGUUUCAACAAGGAUUACAAAAUCCCAAGGAAAAUGAAAGAUUCCGAAGUUGUGGAAGAUUCAACCCAAGCGUUGACAGACAAGGCCCAAUAUCACUCUUCCCCUCUGUCUAAAACUCAGUAUCCACCCUGCAAUACCCAGUACACCAGAACUCAGCACAACAGACUCAGCCUAAAACUAGUGACGGGCAAAGGCAACUUUAACUCCUACAGGGAGGACCAACAAGCACGUGUGGUGCAUUCAAACUCUAACAGUUUUAACAAACAUAAUCCUCAGAAUAGUCAGAAGAUAUCUGUUCACGUCCCUGCGUUGAGCACUGUUGCACUGAAACCAAGGAUUGUGGUGGACAACCAUGGAGUUUCUGGUACUUUUCAGACAUUGUCGCAACACCCUGCAUCAACAAGUAUUGUCAAACAUGGAGUGAACAUGAACAGUAGUAGUACAGGUGUGAGUAGGGAGGCUUGCAACACCGAUGUUUCAGGUGGCACUGAGAGUGAAACAGGGAACAGGACAGGUACUGACACAAAUGUCAGCUCCAAUGUGCAAACACAUCAGCAACAUGAGAAAGGUCAGCUGGGUGGAAGAGAAGCUUUCAAUGUCAUCAGUUCAGGGGGACUGCAGGGAGGGGGAAGGGGCCAGGUGGUUGCUAGAGGGGGUCUAGUGCGACGAGGAAGGCCGUUGUCAUCACUGAAAGGGAAUGCAACCGGCAUGAACAUGUUGUCCAGCGCUCGUGUUAACCUGGGCGAUCGCUGUGACCAAACACCAACAAACUCGCCUCAGAAACAAGGGUUUCAGGAUGAGUUCUCUAGACACCUUCAGGAGAAGAACAGGAACAGGACAGCUCCCAGGGUUGAGGCUAGGACAGCUGCCAUGGCCAGGGGCGAGACUAGGACAGCCGCUGAAGAGAUGAGACAAGUACUCGGCAGUCCGUCUCGCCUGGGUGCCUGGAAACAUGCAGAUGUACCGAGCAGUACUACCGCAUCCAGUUCUACACAGGUAAACGGGGAGACCAGUCAGGAUACUCAGAAAGAAGCCUCAGCGGCAGAGUCGGGAACAGAGAAGAAGGAGGCAGACUCUACAGAAGGAGGAGAUGAAGCCGAGGAGGAAGCUAAGAUCGCGUUUUUGUGCAUGAACUGCGGAAACUCCACGUACAACCCCGACCACUGUAACAGCUGCGGGAAGAACAAGCUUCAGAAGGUGAACUCCAGCCACGACCCCCUCAAACCUCGACCCCGCGCCCCCCUCUCCAGGAGGGGGAUACAGCCCUCAGACUUCUACAAGGAUAAGAUGGCCAGGUUUUCCAACAUCUACUCGCCAACAACAAGCACUGUGACCUACUCCAGAACUGCCGCAGAUAAAACAACGACUCAACAACGACUCUAUCAACCAGUGACAAGAAGGAACACCAGGAAUGCAGGCAGACCUUUAGGGAGAACACGAGUCUCACAAAAAGAAGUCCCAGAAGUUGUUCUGAUCAGUGAUGAUGAGGACGACCCACCCAAGCCUGCCGUCCAAUCAGAGUCCAGCCCUGCCUCGCGGCCUGGCUCUGGUGCCAACACACCUCUACCUGAACCUGAGAACAGACAUGGGACUGGACAGGAUUUCAAGUCAGAAGCUGACUCUACACAACAGAGAGAAGCAUCAGAGUCACCAGUGCCGCCAAAAGCCAGGGCUUUCAUCACUGAUCAGCAAAUGAGCACAGCUGUUCUUAUAGUCCGUGCCAUUCGGAUAGGCUCCCGCCUGGUCCAGCCAUGUGAGGCCAUCAACUUUAGUGUGGAGAAAGGCAUCCAUUUCAAGGUGGAAGGUCACAGUUUUGAGCUUCAGUCUGAGGACUUAGUACAGAGUGUGGCACACUUCGGCAACAGUGCACCCUUCAUCCAGCUGUCAGUCACUCCCAAGGUCGGCCUAGCCAUACGCAGUCGCUUCCGCUUCAAGAAGAAAGAAGGCAUGGACUGGUUUGAUCCUGGCAGUUCAGAUGCAAGUGAGAAGUACAUCCUGCUCCUGUUGCACACUCCUGUGACACAGAAAGAAGCUGACACCCUGAGGUUCCUGCUGCAGACCUUCUCCUCCCAUCCUGACAGGGGCUUUAUAGAGAUCAGGGAUAAGGAGGAGGCCAACAACGUUCUCUUGGCACUGGAGGUUAAAGAACCUCUGCAAAAGUCUGAGAAAACCACUUUCAUCACUACACAGUCAGUGCUGAUGUCGUCCAAACCACCCGCAACCCUCCAGAUCACAUCCACCGUGGGCCAGGGACCGUCCAGUAUAUCCCACAGGCAGUCUCCCGUACCUAGGGGACCGCCCAUUGUACCCGGGGGGCAGUCUGACAAAGUCAGAACCAGUCAGAGGAAGACUGUUCAUGAACACAGGAUGUCCCUAUCAGAAACGAGUAGUAGAUCAAGCUCCCCUCUGUAUCAUCAUGAUCAGGAGGAGGAGGACAAAGAUGGGUUUGUUGGGCCUGUCACCAAGGCCUCUGGUGGGAUCACCGUGACAACAGAAGACCUCUGGUGUCUCAGGGAUGGGGAGUUCCUCAACGAUGUCAUCAUAGACUUCUAUCUCAAGUACCUGGUGAACGCUGUCCUUAGUGAAGAUGACAGGAAACGUACUCACAUCUUCAGCUCCUUCUUCUACAAACGUCUGAUGCAGAGGGACCACAUACGCACCAGAUCUGAGGACAACAUGCAUGCCUCCCCUAUCUACAGAAGACACAGCCGGGUAAAGACUUGGACAAGGCAUGUCGAUCUGUUCUCCAAGGACUUUGUCAUCGUGCCCAUCAAUGAAAAUGCCCACUGGUACCUUGCAGUUGUCUGUUUCCCUGGACUAGACAAGGAGGAUCCAUAUCCAACAGUGGUGCCCCGGCUCACCCGACCUACCACCCCUGACCUGGACCCUCCAUCCCGACCUUCGACCCCUCACCCUCCCACCGCUGGCUCUUCCACCCGACCUUCGACCCCUGCUUCAAAUCCAGAACAAACCACGCAACAAUCCACGGAGGAAGUUGGGUCUAGUUUACAGCAGAGUUGUCAGAGUCAGGAGGGAGCAGAGAUCACAAGUGACAGAACUGUGCCCUCCUCCUCUCAGUCUUCAUCAACGUCAUUGGAAGGACAGGCAGACAGUGACAGCUCACAGGACUCCAGUACUAAAGGCAUACAGACAGAACCUUUGACAUUAGAACAGAUAGAAGCAGCAUUUGCCAGCCAGCUUCAAGAAGAGACCAGACUCGGGUGUCUGCAAUCUAGCAGAAAAUGCCAGGAAAACUUGGAGCAAAAACUCUCCCCAAGAUCAAGACGCUCACCAAGAAAAGACUCCACUUCUCAACAAUCUACUCCCAACAAAAGGAACUCACCGAGAAAGAAAACUGAAGAAAGUCUGAAGAACGAUUCAAGACAAUCUCUUGACAGUAACGAUGUAAGAAAUAGUGUAAGUACAACGUCACCAAGGAAGAAGUUGAAAUUUCCUGAUGCAGAGAAGGAAAGAACGGGAAGUACAGAGAAAAUGGACGUUGAUGAGGACCAGAGGGAAGGAGUGAGUGAAGGAGAGAAGGAUAAGAUGGAAAUAGAGCAGUCCACAGCUGAGAGAAGAAAAGAAGAAAUGCAGGGAGAACCUAUGGAAACAGAGGAUGGAGUUGAGAGAAGUUGUCCUGAAACAUCAGCCAGUGCAAUAGACACAACCAAGCAGGGGUCACAUGAUCAGACCAUGAUGGAUGACUCAGCCUCUGACCAAUCAGCAUCCGCCACGUCGGACCAAUCACAACCAGCCAUUUCCAUCAGAAGAAGACCUUGCAUCCUCCUGUUUGACUCCCUACGAGGACCCGGCAGGAAACAACAUGUUAUGAAGAACCUCAGAGAGUACUUGAUGGUGGAAUGGGAAGUCAGGAAAAAGGACCAGCCCAAAAGAGAGUUUGACAACAACAACAUGAAGGGAGCUACACCUAAGGUUCCACAGCAGACCAACUACAGUGACUGUGGAGUCUUCCUGUUGCAGUAUGCUGAGACCUUCUUCAAUAACCCUAUCCAGGACUAUUCAUUCCCGUUGAAUGGAAUGGAACACUGGUUCUCUAGGCAGAGGAUGAAGAGGAAAAGACAGGAACUGCAAAACCUCAUCCAGAAACUAACGGAAGAGCAGGAGAAGGCAAAAGCAGAAGAAAAGACGUAGAGACAGUGAAGAAGUACAUGUAGUUACAAAGGAAAGGAGCCAAAACCAAUGAGAUUUUUGCAUCAAUCCUCUGUCACGCAUUCAGUACUAACCACCAACUAACCAAGGCUGGCAGUAGGUUGGGAGCAGUCUGAUCAAAUUCAAUACAAAUUUGAGUUAAAUUUGAGUCAAAUGUGACUGCCAACCACACCCCAACCACUACUGACCUAUCCCCAACCACCACCCAACCAGUCCCCAACGAUAACCCAACCUUCCGUCCACGCCUGAAUGCUUUGAAUAUUUUGAUAUCUCGCAGCCGAACAGUAGCCAAGCUAGUCGAACACCAGCCAACCACAGCCAACCUUGCUCCCAACCUACUCCUAACCAUGGUUGGGGACAGUUUGACAGUUUUCAGUAGGCCAUAUUCAGCUAUGUGUGACAGGGGCAUCAGCAAGUAUCUCCCAAUCUGCAUCAAGAGAAAGGAGCUGGGAAGUUAUCUGACUCCUCCAUUAGUUUAUCCACUACUUUAGGUGAUGUAAUUUCCAGCUGAAAACUUUCUGUACCUCACUCUUAUGUUAUGUCACAGGAUAUGUGACUACGCUGAAGGUAAAUUUGGAUAAACUUUCAGCAAUAUUUGAUGAGAAAAUAUUUACCAGGGAACUUGUUUUCUGCAAAGUUAUGUCUUGCCCCUGGUGUUAUGUAUGUAUUGUUUAGUAGGCUCAAUGGAAGAGCCUUGUUGCCUUAGAGAUGUUUCAUGUGCAAAUAAAGUAACCAUGACUAAUACUCUGUUUUAGUGUUCUAGCCAGCAUCCGUCAUUUGACAGAAUUUUGCUACUGACAUUUGAAAACUUUGCCAAAUUCAUCAUCUUUGAUGAACAAAAAUUGGUGUGUGAUGAUAUGGAAAGAGAUGUCAUUAAACUACAUGUAAGCUUAGUUUCCGAGCAAAAUUUGCCGCAAAAUUUUUCUCUCAAAAUGCAGGAAAUAGUGCUUCAGAGGGUGAAGAUGUCAACAUUUUCCUGGGCAUGGAAAAGCAUGCCCCGACCUUCCUAGGAUUGUUAACGUUGUGCGUCUAGUACAACGCAUUGUGUAUUUUCUAUCAUGAAAGUUCCUCUGU